GUUACAAAAAUAUGUUAUUGAAAAACUUUCAAAAAAAGUAAAAGAUGAAUACUUGGAUAUAAAAGGAAAAGUAGUAAAAAUUUCUAAAGAAUUCAAUGAUUUCAAACAAUUAGUUUGUCUUAAAUUAG